AUGUCCGACAAGGAAGGGUCCCCCAAUCAGCAGUCCAGCCCCCUUUCAGCCCCCGAGCGGUACAAAGUUUUCACACCAGAGUUCGACACAGUAGCCUACGAUCCUCUGGACCCCGCCAAGCGAUACCACACCGGCAUCUUCGUUGAAACAGAUCCGAAGACUCACGCAGGAGAUCAAUUUCAUGUCACCGGCGACGUCAUCGCCCGCAAUGGCAUGCGCUUUGAAGUGAAAUCUGACUUUGUUCCUGUGGCGGACAUAUGUUUUCACAGAAACACAGAGAUUGGAUGGAUUCACAAAGCCGAUUAUCCAAGAAUACAACCUAUCUUGGAAGCCUUGCCUAGACCGACCAAGCAGCAGGGACUUGACUUUUGGAGCUUGGAUCCAGAGAAGCGAAAUAAGCUUACCUGGACAAAGGAGGAUGGGGAGCUCUAUGGACCAGACGAACCAAGACGGCCAAUCAUGAAGUGCAAUGAAUGGACACAUCAGCUUGCGAUUCCGAAGUUGCGAGAAGUUGGAAUCUUACAUAGCUAG